AGCUCUCCAACCCCUCAACCCCUCAUCGCGAACUCAAUUGUUUGUUAAAACUGUCGGUGGGGAAAGCUUCAAGGCGAAAUUCAACGCCUUCUAUGGUAUAUAUCUCUGGUAUAUAAUUGAUGCCUUUCACCUCCUUGGACGUAUCCCUUAGACUCUUCCCCUUAGACUCUUCUCUCUUUAAUAGUAACAAGUAACCUACCGAAUUCCUUGUCAACUAUGGCAACGAAGACACCCACUGUAAAGCUGGCCUCUGGCUAUGAAAUGCCCAUAGUUGGCUUUGGCAUUUGGAAGGUGCCAAACGAUACCUGCGCUGAUCAAGUCUACAAUGCUAUUAAGUUAGGCUACAGACACAUUGAUGGCGCUUGGGACUACACGAACAGUGCCGAGGCCGGUAAGGGUAUACGGAGAGCCAUCGAAGAGGGCAUCGUGAAGCGAGAAGACCUGUUCAUUACUUCCAAAUUAUGGAACAAUUACCACGCUCGCGAACAUGCGUUCGAGAUGGCUAAGCUAGAGAACGAGGCGUGGGGUCUGGGAUACUUGGACCUAUUCUUGAUCCACUUCCCCAUCGCGCAAGAGUUUAUCCCCUUCGACAAGAUCCGCUUUCCCUGCUUCUGGUCUGAUAAAGAGCAGACUAAGGUUACUCCGCUGGCAAAGGUGCCAAUCUCAGAGACCUGGCAGGCUCUGGAAGAUAUGGUUCAGACUAAGGAGAACCCCAAUGGCUUCAUCAGGAGCAUCGGCAUAUCAAACUUCCAGCCUCAGCUAAUCUACGAUUUGCUAUCGUAUGCGAAGAUCCAUCCGAGCGUCUUGCAGAUCGAGCAUCACCCGUACUUAACGCAGCCCGGCCUUAUCGCCCUAGCGCAAGAAAACAACAUUGCCGUAACGGGUUACUCGACAUUUGGCCCGCAGAGCUUUAUCGAGUUGGGCAAUGCUACGGCCAAGGAGGUUAAGCCUCUAUUCGAGACGGAUGUGGUGAAGAGCGUCGCGGCGAAGCACGGCAAAUCUCCCGGACAGGUUUUACUUCGAUGGUGUACUCAGCGCAACAUCAUCGUCAUCCCUAAGUCGAACAACGUCGAGCGGCUGAAGCAGAACCUUGAUUGCUGCUCCUUCGAUUUGACUGACGAUGAGAUUAAGCAAAUUUCUUCUUUGAACAUUGACCUGCGAUUCAACAACCCUGCUGCUUUAGGAAGUAGUAGGAUAUUCGGUUAAAGGGGGUAUAAUACUAAGGGAUAUUAUUUAGAUGGUCUAGAAGUUUCAAAAUAAUAGAUUGUCUACUUCCUUGUUCUUUGCAGAGACGUUGAAUAAUCUAAAUGCGUAAUGAAGAGGAGGUGUUUCUUGACGAAUUGAAAGAAUGAAUCUUGGAACCAAAGCGAAAAGCAAAAAAAGAAAACCUUAAACGCCACAAUACUGCACCGCCAUACGGAUGCAUCUUGUACCGCCACAACCAUAUCCAUCCAAUUAAUCAAGUACGACCCAAAGGCGCGUUGCUUUCUAAAUGGUUAU